CUGGGCUGCGAGGAGACUGCUGCUUCCAGUUAACGCUGCAGCACCUGUGGCAGAGCAAAGGGGCUGCAGUCCUCGACCCAGCUGGGGGUCUGCUCCCAAGCCCACUCUGCUCCAUCCAGAUCAGCUCACCCCUCUCUCCCCACUCCCCACCAGGACCCCCAUAACCCCCUGCUAGAGCUGCAGCCCGCUUUGCCAGGAUGUCCAGGGUAGCCAAGUAUCGCCGGCAGGUGAGUGAAGACCCGGAUAUCGACAGCCUGCUGGCCACCCUGUCUCCGGAGGAGAUGGAGGAGCUGGAGAAGGAGCUGGAUGUGGUGGAUCCGGACGGGAGCAUUCCCGUGGGGCUGCUGCAGAGAAACCAGACGGAGAAACAGUCCAUGGGCAUGUACAACCGGGAAGCCAUGCUCAACUUCUGUGAAAAGGAGACCAAGAAACUUAUCCAAAGGGAGAUGUCCACUGAUGAAAGCAAGCAAGUGGAGCCCAAGACAGAGGCCAAGAACGGAGAGGAAAGGGGCAGAGCUGCCAGCAAAAAAACCCUCGGCCCCAGACGGGACUCAGACCUGGGGAAGGAGCCAAAGAGGGGUGGUUUAAAGAAAAGCUUCUCAAGAGACAAAGAUGAAGCUGAUAGCAAAAGUGGUGAGAAGCCCAAGGAGGAGAAGAUCAUCAGGGGCAUUGACAAGGGCCGGGUCAGAGCUGCAGUAGAUAAGAAAGAGGCAGGGAAGGAUGGGAGAGGAGAGGAAAGGACAGGGGCCAUGAGGAAGGAAGAUGAGAAGAAAGAGAGUGACAGGGAUGCAGGUUUGAGCAGGGAUAAGGAUAAGAAGAGAGAGGAAAUGAAGGAGACAACCAAGAAAGGGGAUGCUGAGAAAGUAAAAGGGGCGAGUAGGAGCACAGACACCAGAAAAGAGGAUGAGAAGAUGAAAAGAGGAAGUGGGAACACGGACGUGAAAAAGGAAGAUGAGAAAGCAAACAGAGGAAUUGGGAACACAGAUACAAAAAAGGAGGAUGAAAAAGUCAAGAACAAUGCAUCUUUAAAUGAAAAGGAACCCAAGGAAGAGAGCAAGACCAAAGCUCCCGAGAAACAAGCCCCCAGUGGUCCUGAAAAGCCCUCUGAAGAGCCUGCCAAGGCAGAGGAGGAGGCAACUCCCAGCAUAUUUGAUGAGCCUCUGGAGAAAGUGAAGAACAAUGACCCAGAGAUGACAGAGGUGAACGUCAACAACUCAGACUGCAUCACAAAUGAGAUCUUGGUCCGGUUUACUGAGGCUCUGGAGUUCAACACCGUGGUCAAGGUGUUUGCCUUGGCCAACACACGGGCUGAUGACCAUGUGGCUUUUGCCAUCGCCAUCAUGCUCAAAGCCAACAAGACCAUCACCAGCCUCAACCUGGACUCCAACCACAUCACAGGCAAAGGCAUCCUGGCCAUCUUCCGGGCCCUCCUCCAGAACAACACACUGACAGAGCUCCGCUUCCACAACCAGCGACACAUCUGCGGCGGCAAGACAGAGAUGGAAAUCGCUAAGCUGCUCAAGGAGAACACCACCCUGCUCAAGCUGGGCUACCAUUUUGAGCUGGCCGGGCCCCGAAUGACCGUCACUAACUUGCUCAGCCGCAACAUGGACAAGCAGCGACAAAAGCGGCUGCAGGAGCAAAGGCAGGCACAGGAGGCCAGUGGAGAGAAGAAAAAUCUGCUGGAGGUGCCCAAGGUUGGGGCCCUGGCCAAGGGCUCUCCCAAGCCCUCGCCCCAACCAUCUCCAAAGCCAUCUCCAAAGAACUCACCCAAGAAAGGGGGUGUUCCGGCUGCCCCACCCCCACCUCCACCUCCCUUGGCCCCACCCCUUAUCAUGGAGAAUUUGAAGAACUCACUCUCACCAGCUACCCAGAGGAAGAUGGGGGACAAAGUCCUCCCUGCUCAGGAGAAGAACUCCCGUGACCAGCUACUGGCCGCCAUCCGCUCCAGCAACCUCAAGCAGCUCAAGAAGGUGGAAGUUCCCAAGCUGCUUCAGUAGGACCAGGCUGCCAGGCACUGCCUGCCCUUGCCAGGACUGCCCAGGUCCCACCUCCCUGGGCUACACAGACCCUGUCCACCCCACCCCAGCUGACUUGCUGUGGAUGUCCCUAUUCUGCUAAGGGGAGAGCUUGAGGCCGGGCUGCACUCCAGGAAGGAUGCCUUAUCUUGUCUCACUUUCCUUUUCUUGUCUCUGAGUCUCUCCAAAAAUGUCUUUUUCACCUGAAGCUGAGGUUUCCAGACAAGAAGAGUCCUUUUCCCAUGUCACUGAGGAGAUGACACCGCCCUGGGUUCACACAGCUGGCAAGCAGUGAAAGGCCAGCUAUCCUAGAAAGGAAAGAUGUCUCGCAGGGACCACAGGACCACUCCAGCCCCACUGUCCUCCAGGGCCAGGAUCCAGGCUUCUGAGGAGCCCUCAGGGCAAAGCUGCUGGGCCUGUGGAACUCGGCAUGGAGCAAUGGCAAUAGGACAUGGGGACCUAAGGUGCAAGUGGGGAGAGGCUGGGGACACCCCAAAGCCCUCCCUCUGAUUGGCUCAAGGCUUGUCAGAGGACAUGGCAGGGGCAGCUGCCCUGGAUGGACAGUUCCUGGUGAGGAGUGGGCUACAGAGAGAAGAAACAGGACAGCCAGCAGCGGGACCUGAAGGUUUGAUGCCAAAGCAGACAUUUUCCUCACACCCACUUGCUGUUGUAUAAAUAGCUGUGCAUCUGUUUUUCCAUAAGAUUUUGAUAAUAUAUAUAAAUCUUUAGCUGUGAA